AAGAACGAAGAUACACGAAGAGCAGUUUUGUUUCAGAAGGAAUUACUCCAUAAAUUAACACAUUAAUUUACAAAAGAUUAUUUCGUUUCAGGAAUAUAGGGUACCAAUAUGCGUCUACAUGGACAAGGAUUCAGACAAUCUGGACUGGUUAAUCGAUGGUAUGAAAACUUUACCUUUAAAUAAAACAGCAACUAGAUGUUUUUCCAACCAUUUUACUAAUUUUGCUGUGUUGAUGCAGAUUAGCGCCCUAGAGAUCUCUGGCAGUGAUCGUAAAGCCUUGGACUACCUAUCUAUAUUUGGUUGCUGUGUCUCCAUAACUUGUCUGUUUAUAAGUUUUGUUUUACUAGUACUUUCUAGGUUACAGACAGAUAAAGUGUUUGUUUUAAAGAAUAUGGUAUUUAUGAUGUUUUGGGCACAGAUAUUAUUUUUAACUGGAGUUGACAAGACACAUCUUCCUGUGGUUUGUAAGGUAAUAGCUGCUUUAUUACACUACCUUUUUCUCACCGUCAUCAUGUGGAUGUUUAGUCAAGGGAUACAACUCUACAUAAAAGUUUCGUAUAUUACGUCACAGGCCAGCCAUUGGAUAGAGUAUACAUUAAUCUCGUAUGUUAUACCUGCUGUGAUUGUAGCUAUUUCAUUGAUAAAGUCUCACAGAAAUUAUGGUUACGCUAAAUAUUGUUGGUUAGCACCCAGUGAAGGACUAAUGUUUGCUUUUGUUGGACCUGCACUGUUUGUUAUAAUUGUGAAUUUGUUGGUACUAAUUCGAGUUCUGAAGACUUUCAACUCUGUACAAAUUAAUGCUAGAAAAAGUGAUCAAGAUAAAUUCAAGGCAAGUGUAAGGGCGUGUUUUGUUCUGCUACCAUUAUUAGGAACAUCCUGGAUACUUGGAGUGUUUGCUCUAGAUAAUACCAAUACAGUUUUCUUUCAAUACCUGUUCGUUCUCCUCAAUAUGUUAAAGGGAAUCCUGGUACUGGUGUUUCAUGUUCUGCUCAAUGAUGAUGUUACCAGUGUAGUGUUUAAGAAGUAUGGAUGUCGUCCACGUGGUAAAGUUAUCCACAUCUCAGAUAAACCAGGUACCAAGUCGUCCGGGUUGUCGCCAGUAGAUGGCACUCAUAAAACCACUCGAGAUAGAUAUAGUUUAUUUUUGGUGAAAUCAUUCCAAAAAACCAAACUAUCAAAAAGUGACAACUUACAGCCGAGAACAUCAUCAAAAUAAUAGAUUGACUAUUGGGCAUCUUACUUGGUGCCGAGAACAGAUUUAGGCUUUAAAUGUUCCAGAUAAUGGCAAAUGGUUAACAUAAAUCAGUUUAUUGGAGCCAAUAA